AUGAUAAGCUAUAAGAGGAAUUAUAUGAAGGCAUUUGACACGCAAUUAUAUAAAAGAGUUUUGGAUCCAAUAGAGUGUAAUAAGCAAUUGACCAUAUUAUCCAAUAGCACUUGGGCUUUACCGUUUCUGGAUGCUACUGCCAAACCUCCGAGUGGUAUCUUGACUUUGAACCUUCACGAAUAUGGAGACUACUUUGAAUGCCUUGCAAUAGAUCAUAGCAUCGACGAUGUGCACCUUCAAGGAAAGUACUGCAUUGUCGGCGUGCCUCUAACUCAAUAUAAUCUUGUUCAAACCAUUCCUAUGAAGUCAAUGAUUUCAAAAUUCCCGCUUCCCGGUACCAAGCUACUUAAUAAUAUGGUGCUACAGUUCGCUAAUAUUGCACAAGAUGGUAUGUCUAAUAGCUCUUUUGCCAAGUAUCCUUCGGCGAGAGUUAACCUCGGCGUAUGUGUGCCGAGACCGUGCACGGUGCAAGAAGUGUACAGUUUUAUAAACUCAUCAAUACCUCUGCCAAAUAUACCGUUUAAGGAGGUGAAACCAAACCGCUUGCUUAGUGGUUUUUCCAUAUAUAGCAACACAAGAAGCCUUCUCACCUUCCGCAGUGACAGUACCACCCUCGAAUGCGUGGAUGGUAUACGAGCUCUCUCUAUGUUAUGGGUGAUUUGCGGACACACAUACAUCGUUGGGUUUUUUCCAGCGAUACAUAAUGGAAUUGAUACUAUAAGGUGGUCAACUAAAACGAUAAGUUCGUGGAUACACGCUGCACCAAUGAUGGUAGACACAUAUUUUCUACUUUCUGGAAUAUUCUGUAUUUAUGGAAAGCCAGUCGAUUAUACAGCCAAAAACUUCAUUAAAAGCCUCCCGAAAUUCUACAUCUAUCGCUACCUGAGGUUGUUUCCACUCCUCGCGGCAACAGUACUUCUCCAAGCGUCAGUUCUCAACUGGAUAGCUGAUGGUCCCAACUGGGUUGGAAUGGCCCACGCAACUCAGCAGUGUAGAGAGUUGUGGUGGGCAACGUUGCUGCAUAUACAAAACCAUUAUACUUUGACGAGAAACUUCUAUAUGCUGUUUUCUUCUUUCCAGUGUCUCAUACACUCUUGGUACGUGGCAGUGGAUACACAGCUUUACUUCCUCAGUCCAAUUAUAAUCGUGUUUCUAUUUGGCUCAGAAUAUAUAUCUUGGAUUGUUUACGUCAUCAUCGCUUGGAUAAUGUCAUUAGGAUGGAUGGUGUCUUGUGUGAUUGCGAUAUUUAAAACGGUGAAGACGCCAUACGAGCUCGACUAUUUCGAUAUAACUUUGAACGCUAUUAUGAGACCAUUGUGGGGUCUGGCUGUAGCUUGGAUCAUUUUUGCCUGCGUUUCCGGAUAUGGAGGUCCAGUAAACUGGUUUCUAUCCUUGCCAGUUUGGAAAUUCCCAUCCCGAGUAUCAUACGCAGUAUACUUGGUGCAUUUUGAAGUGAUGAUAUUGAAGGCAAUGAGCGCACAGAAGACCAGAUAUUUCACUGACAUUGAGACGAUGUACCGUUGCGCAUCAGACGUGGCUCUCUCUUUAACUAUAGCAUUCGUUUUAUGCGUUCUAGUGGAUGCACCGGUCAAUAGAUUUAUGAGAAUCGCUUUUGCAUCCAAAGAGAGACCACAAGAGCCAACAGACGAUUCUACUUUAUCUUGUAAUGAACGUAAAACAAAAUUAUAG